AUGCCAUGUCAAGUAGAUGCUGCUGUACCUGAACCUAAUCCACACUGGGUUAAUUCAAGUGCUACACAUUCUUGGUUUAUCGUAUUUCAAUUUCAUAUUUACUUUUUUGCGACAUGUUUUGGAUGUAUUGGUAUAUAUGCUCUCGUUUCAAUAGUAGAUCAUGGUAGAAGAGUCUUUAAAAAGCGUUUUUUUUUGGCAAUAAAUUUCCUUUUGAUCUUUUUUGCUGUAGUAAGAACGGCUUUUCUCAUCUAUGAUCCCUAUGAGUCGGGCAAUGGUUUGCAACGUUUUGGCAAUGAUACUCAUUUGUUGCCGGUGACAACUAGAGUUCUUCAUGGCUUAGGUUAUCCUUGCUUAACUUCUGCGUUUACCUUAAUAUUCUUAGCUAUCAUAAAUUGCGUUAAAGUCAAAGCUGUCUCUAAGAAAGUACAACAUCCAGCUCUCAUUAUAUCUAUCAUAACGCUUCAUUUUGCUAUUGUUAUCUCAGCUGAUACAACAGUUGCCUUCUGUGGCGGAUAUAAAGAUUUACUGAUAGUCUGUCAAAGUUUCUUCAUUAUUUGGGGUGCAGUUAUUUGUGUAUCGUACCUAAUCUGUGGCUAUCGUAUUUUAUCCUUUACUAAAUGCAGCCAUAAAGUACUAGCAGUGCAAUCGGCAACAGUAUCAACAUCAACAUCAUCCACUACUGCCGGUAUUAUGCCAAAUUCUUCCUAUGUUAGACUACGAAAGAAGUCUUCUAUAGCUCCUAAAUCAACAGCAGUGUGUACAAGUGUAAAAAAAAUAACUAGAAUCACGAUGUAUUCUGCGAUAUUAGGUAUGUGUUGUGUUAUCAUGAAUAUUUAUUCACUAUUUGGCAUAUAUGGCGUUUUAGCACCACCACAUUUUCCAGCACCUUGGCCUUGGCUCAUGUAUCAAAGUCUUUUUAGAAUAGUAGAAUUAGGUAUGGCUGUUGUUAUGGCAUAUACUACUAAUCGACCAUCAAAAAAUGGUACUCUAUCUAGUAAAACUACUGCAAUUCGCACAGCGGAUUGGAAAGUAUAG